UUCACGUCAAGGUCCAUCGACAACGCGUCGCAAGGGAAGGUCUGAAGCUGUGGAUGGCGCCAGACUCGACCAACCACCCAAACACCUUCCUUUUCCAAGUUAUUUGAGAUCUCUGCCUGUCGCGACUUGUCCCUGCUUCUUAAUCAGUGAUUCGAAGCUGCAAGACCCUUUGCGCCAGUCUGUCGCAGACCAGGCGACAACCAUGGCGCCUUCAAAGCCAGUCGCACCGGCCAUGGAGCACACCAUUGAUCGCACUCCCGAGUACGAGGAAUUCAUCAACAAACUCAGGGAUUUCCAUACAGACCGAGGCACCAAGUUUGACCCUGAGCCCAAGGUUGGCAAUGGCCACAUCGAUCUCUUGAAGGUUUUCAAUCAUGUUGUCGAGUGGGGAGGCUAUGACAGGAUCACGGAGGAAAAGCUGCUGUGGCGCAAGGUGUCUCAAGAGCUCGGCAUCUUCUCACACAAUGAGGCAGCUGUCGCCUUCAAUCUGAAGUCUGCCUACUAUAAGAAUUUGGCUGCCUACGAGAUCAGAACUGUUCACAACAAGACCCCCCCUCCUCCUGAGAUCCUCGAGGAAGUUUCGGCCAAGGGCGGUAAUCUUCUGACCAGGACCCUCGAAAACUACCGACCCCGCGAUCGUUCCACUGCGCAGAACUCCCCACAGCCCUCGGGUGACGAUGGCACACCUGCUCGAGACAGCAAACAGGAAGACACACCCAGCUCAGGGAGGGCCGCCCGUGGGCUGAGGCAGGCUCCGCCCCAGAGAGUCAUCUUCCAGCCAGACACUGGCCCAACCCGUCCGUCGCGUCACGCUUCAGCGCAGCACGCAUCGAAUACUUCGGCCGCAAAUUCAGCCAGCGCGCAGACUUCUAACCCCAACUCCCACGCCAACGCCUCCGCUCCCAGCCAGGCACUGCCGGCGCACAUCGCCCGUGGCGGCGCGUCUGCAAGCUUCGUUCCCCAGAAUUACGAAUUGCAUUCCUCGACGAUCACGAACUUCCAACCUCCAUCCAUUCAACCCCUGGCCCUCCGGCCUGUUGAAACGCCAGGCAACGCACCCGCCAAGUUUCUGAGACGAUACCCGAUGGCCGCUCCCCCUGUGGCGCGCCAAGCUCCAAUACCCAGUAUACACCAUCUUAUGAAGAUAUCAUACGAGCGAGGUGACAGAUACAAGUUCGAAGGUUUCCCAGGUCUGGCCGAAGGUCUCGUGGACGUGGCACUAAAGGUGGGGGAGCUCUUCUACGACAUCAAAUGGGUCGUGUCCUAUGAUCCAGAGGCGGACGGGGAUGACAUCACGGAGCUGGAUGGCAUCAACGGCACUCAGGACAUCCUUGAGCGCAUCGCGCAACUGGUGCCCAGAUCUUCUUCACACGAUCAAAUUCACCCCGCUGGCUUUGCAGAUAAGAUAGUCAUCGUGACAGAGGCUGCCAUGGCCAUUCGCAACAUGGUCAUGCUGCCCGAGAACUCGCGUCACAUGGCCGAUUUCCCACCCCUGAGGGACCUGCUGUGUAUCAUCCUCCACCUACCGCCCAGCGAGACAAGUGUGGAGCUGAAGCACAUCGCACUCGAUAUUGCAGAACAAUUGACGCCGGAGCUGAUCCUCGAGGCUGAUGAUCCUCUCUAUCGGACGUUGCUGGCCGAACUCAAGUCAGCCGACCGUGGCUGCAUUUUGACGUCGCUCCGCGCUCUCGCGCGGAUUUCCAUGAACUCGUCCGAGACGAAUAAGCUGAGUUCCAUCCCUCUGGACAUCCUGGAACUCAUCAUCGACUGGCUGAUGCUCGACGACGACGAGCUUCUCGACGCAUGCUUGGACUUCCUCUACCAGUACACAGCUGUUGUAUCCAACCUGGAGAAUCUUCUCAGUUUUCGGUUCGCCAAGCCUGAGAAGCCCGAAAGCCUUGUCAAGCAUCUGGCUCGUCUCCUGUCGCACGGCGCAAAGCAAGUGGUCUACACGCAGACGCUUGAACCCGAGAUCAAAAUCCCCUGCAGCGAGGACGUCGUACCUCUGCCCCAAGACCUGCAGGAGCGUCUGUUGGCCAUGGAGGAGCCCGAGAGAUGUUACAUGUGGCUGCGAUGUCUGUUUGAGGAAGACGCCGAGGCCUCUAUCACUCAGAUUGCAAUCUGGACGGCCUACCAGUCAUCCUUUAGCAGCAGGUUGUCUCAGAUGGGCAAGUCCAUGAUCUCUCCAGCAGACUUCAUCAGGAAUGUGAAUCAUGUGUGGGCGACAGCUGGGGCACAAAUUAUUCGCGGGCCGAAGGGGGAGAACCAGAAGUUCAUCAUCAAGGGGAUACGGGCUCGAUCCCGCCCUGUCGAUCCGGAGAACGAGGGCAGGGAGUAUUUCCGCUGCCUGUGGACCCUGCCUGGUCCAAAGUACCAAAAGUGCAACCAAUUUUUUGCGAAUGCAGAGAGGAUGUUUGAGCACAUAAUGCCUGCUCACCUUGGCGAGACAUCCGAUGACAAUGGUCACUAUGCCAAUAAGGAUGUCGAGAAUCGAUGUUUCUGGGCGGGAUGCAACAAAUUUGCUACGCCGACAACAAUGUCUCUCAAGACCUUUGCGAAACACGUCAAGACGCAUCUGGCUGCGAACUCUGCUAAGCGAUUGAAGCGCACCCAUACUGUGCCGGCAAAGGUCUUCUCCCUCACCUUCGAAGAGACGCUGACCACCCGAGACGAGCGGAAUCCUAAUGUCAUCCAGCCAGCCGGAAUUCCUCUCAGCGCCGUGCUGAUCCUUCGCAACAUCGCCCGCAAUGUCGUCAAGACAGAGGCGCAGGAUGAAAUCCUCAAGGAACAGGAGAAACAGGGCCUGGACGAGAAAGCGAGAGGUUGGAAUGAGAGGCUUUUCCGAUGCGUGCUACCGCGGCUGCAUGAGGUCAUGACGACCAAUCGCGUGAUGGCACCUAACAUCUGUAGUCUAUUGGAGCUGAUUCAGGAGCAGUAAGAGAGCCAUUGUGACAAUCGCAAGAAUUCACAGGAGGCGGAGCUUCUUUGUAUGAUUCGGACGGGGGACGACUGAUUUUGGUGAUUGUGAUAAAAGAAAAAGUUUCUUUUCUAUUUCAGGUCAUGGACGGGUUGAGACCGAGCUUUUUUGUCUUCAUGGGUGCUAUGGUCAUGGUAAUACCCUCAUGAAGGCGGCGUUGAUGGAUGGGCGCGCAACGGCGUAGGGUUUUCGGAGACGGUGGGACCAGGCAUAAGGCCAGUCAUGCUGUUGACUACUGGCAUUGGUUCAGUAGCUGUUGCCCUAGUACCUUAGAUAGAUACCUGCUAGGGAAACAAAUGUAUCAUCAACU